UAAUUUUCAAUUUUAGUGCGCUCUCUCCCUCCCUCCUUCUCUCUCUGCUGUGGUUGGUUAAGUCAGUCUAUAAAGCAUUUCAUUCUGCGUUCAGAGGUUCAGAGUGAUUGUGUGAAUGGACUGGAGAGAUGCACUCGUGUGCGUGUGGGAUCCUCUUCUUCACGUUUCUUACAGUCGUUUUGUCCAGUUUGCAUCCAGAGUGUGAAUAUAUUUUCCAGCUGGCCAGAGAUGAGCAGCGGUGUCUCAGCAAGAUCACUGAACAUGGAAACCUCAGUGGUUCAGGUUGUCUGCCUGCAUGGGAUUCUGUACUGUGCUGGCCCAGAGCUGCAUUGGGGGAAACUAUCUACUUGCCCUGUCCACCUGUAUUCUCUUUAUUCAAGAACAACACAGGGACGGUGAGUCGUAACUGCACUGCUGGAGGUUGGUCACAGCCCUUCCCUCCAUACCACGAGGCCUGUAUUGUUGAAGAUGACAUCACUGAGUUAACUGACUCAUACUUUGCCACAGUAAAACUGAUCUACACCAUUGGUUAUGGGACAUCGUUGCUCUCACUCUCUGUUGCCGUGGUAAUACUGCUCCUCUUAAGAAGACUACACUGUGCACGAAACUACAUCCACAUGCAGCUCUUCUUGACCUUCAUCCUGAAAUCUGUGUCUGUAUUUAUAAAAGACGCCACACUGUUUGCCAGUGACGACACAGACCACUGCACGCUAUCUACGGCAGCUUGUAAAGCGUCAGUGGUGUUUUGUCAUUAUUGCGUGAUGUGUAAUUUCUUCUGGUUGCUGGUUGAAGCUGUGUAUCUGAAUUCUUUGCUGGUCUCCACCUUCCUGCGCAUGCGGCGAUGCCUCUGGAGUUUCGCUUUGCUGGGUUGGGGUGUUCCAUUAGUCUGCAUUGUCCUCUGGAUCUGCUCCAGGCUGUUCUUUGAGGACACCGAGUGCUGGGACAUAAAUGAAAAUUCACCUUUUUGGUGGAUCAUCAAGGGUCCUAUUACAGUAUCCAUUGGGGUGAACUUUCUUCUCUUCAUGAACAUUAUCAGGAUUCUGGUCCAGAAACUGAAUCCUCGUCUGAUCCAAUUUAAUAACUCUGCUCAAUACAGGCGACUGACCAAGUCCACCCUUCUGCUUAUCCCUCUCUUCGGCACUCAUUAUAUGGUGUUCAGUUUUCUCCCAGACUACUUCAACAUGAGCCUGCGGAUUUGCGUCGAACUCUGUCUGGGCUCCUUCCAGGGACUUAUUGUUGCAGUUCUCUACUGUUUUCUGAACCAGGAGGUUCAGAAUGAAAUACGCUUGCGAUGGAUCCGUUAUCAAGAGGGGAGUUACGCUGUGGUACCUGUUGGAGUCAAAGGAAGUCAGAUGGACACUCCGUUUUAACAUCACAAAAAUCCUGGAACAGUAAUGUCUAAAAGGGAUUUGGAUACAUUUUAAGUGAGCUUUUCAACUUUAGUGGAUAUCUUCUAUAAAAUCACAUUGACACCAGGUAAUAUAGGUAAAAUACCCAUGGAAACGUUUUACUGAUGCCCUUCAAAUUCAGAUCUCUAAUUAUUUCUUUAGUUUGUUAUUUUGGGAAAUGUUAUCGGAGCUGAAAUGUACCAUUGAAUGGGAACAGAUCUGAGGUGUUAAUAGACUGUUUUUAUAUUUCUCUACAGUAUUUGCCAUGUACAGAAUAAUUAAAAGAUUGAUAAAGUGAGAUGUGAGGAGAGCAGGGC